CCGCUCCCGCUCUCACUAGUCGAACGGUGCCCGACCGGUAACGUAGCGCCGACUGCCGACCGAGAGACGAACCAGCGACAAUGUCCGCCGUGGCGAAGACUUCCAAGUAUACCUACCGCAGCAGCGGCGGCGGCACCACCGACGUUAACAUCGAGUACAGCACCGACCUGAGUGCUCUCUCCAGGCUGGAGGACAAGAUUCGUCUCCUCCAAGAUGACCUGGAAUCCGAAAGGGAGCUACGUCAGAGGAUCGAAAGAGAGAAGGCAGAUUUGAGCGUACAAGUUAUCCAGCUCUCGGAAAGGCUUGAGGAGGCUGAGGGUGGAGCUGAGAGUCAGUUCGAGAUCAACAGAAAACGAGACACGGAGUUGACCAAGCUUCGUAAGCUCCUUGAAGAUGUCCAUCUCGAAUCAGAGGAAACAGCUCAUUUGCUUAAGAAGAAGCACCAGGAAAUCAUCGUCGACUUCCAGGAGCAAAUCGACAAACUCACCCACAGCAAAAGCAGGGUCGAGAAGGAAAAGUCUAAGUUCCAGGCUGAAGUUUACGAGCUGUUGGCCCAAGUGGAGAACAUAAGCAAGGAAAAGAUCACAAUUUCAAAGACCUGUGAACGUCUUGAGAUCACCAUCAGCGAACUUCACGUCAAGAUUGAAGAAUUGAACCGCACCAUUGUUGAUAUUACAUCACACAAGCAGCGCCUUUCCCAAGAAAAUGUUGAGCUCGUUAAGGAAGUUCAGGACCUUAAGGUGAACAUCGAAAACGUACUGUACCUUAAGAGCCAGGUUAUCAGCCAGCUCGAGGACGCGCGUCGUAGGCUCGAAGAUGAUGAAAGAAGGCGCUCAAUUCUUGAGGCUAACCUUCACCAGGUUGAGAUUGACCUGGAAUCCGUUCGCGUCCAACUGGAAGAGGAAUCUGAGGCUCGUUUGGACCUUGAACGUCAACUGGUUAAGUCCAACGGAGAGGUUGCGCACUGGAGGUCUAAGUUCGAGGCUGAGGCUGCCGCUAGGGCCGAGGAAAUCGAGGAAAUCCGUCGCAAGUACUCCAUCCGCAUCCAAGAGCAGGAAGAACAGAUCGAAACCCUCAUCGUUAAAAUCAACAGCGUUGAGAAGCAGAAGUCUCGUCUCCAGAGCGAAGUUGAAGUGCUCAUCAUCGACUUGGAGAAGGCGAACGGAACUGCUCGGGAGUUGCAGAAGAGGACUGAACAGCUUGAACGCGUGAAUAUCGAGAUCAAGUCUCGCCUGGAAGAGACAGUGCAGCUCUACGAACAGAGCACGCGCGACCUGCGCAACAAGCAGACCGAGCUCCAGCGCGUCAGCCACGAGCUCGACAAGACUCGCGAGCAGAAGGACGCUCUUGGCCGCGAGAACAAGAAACUGGGUGAUGAGUUGCACGACGCCCGCGCCACUGUCACUGAGUUGACCCGCCGUCUUCACGAGCUCGAGAUCGAGCUGCGCCGUCUUGAGAACGAGCGAGAAGAACUCACCGCCGCUUACAAGGAAGCUGAGGCUGGCCGUAAAGCCGAAGAACAGCGUUCGCAGAGGUUGACCGCUGAGUUCGGACAGUUCCGUCAUGAGGCUGAACGCCGUCUCCAGGAGAAGGAGGAAGAAAUUGAAUCCAUCCGCAAACAGACCAGCAUUGAAAUUGAGCAGCUUAACGCUCGUGUCGUGGAAGCUGAGACCAAGCUCAAGACCGAGGUCACCCGCAUCAAGAAGAAGCUGCAGAUCCAGAUCACCGAACUGGAGCUGUCUCUUGACGUUGCCAACAAGACCAACAUUGACUUGCAGAAGACUAUCAAGAAGCAAUCUCUGCAGCUUACCGAGAUCCAGACCCACUACGACGAGAUUCAAAGGCAGUUGCAAGUGACCCUUGACCAAUACGGCGUUGCUCAACGCAGAAUUCAAUCUCUCACUGGUGAAGUUGAAGAGAUCCGUGGCAAUUACGAACAGGCCCUCCGUGCUAAGCGCACCAUUGAACAAUCCUUUGAAGAAGCCCAGACGCGCAUCAAUGAACUUACCGUCAUCAACGUGAACCUGUCCAGCAGCAAGGCUAAGAUCGAACAAGAACUGUCCGCUGUCGCUGCUGACUACGACGAGAUCACCAAGGAACUGCGCGUUGCUGACGAGAGAUACCAGCGCGUACAGACUGAGCUGAAGCACACCGUUGAGCACCUGCACGAAGAACAAGAGAGGAUUGUCAAGAUUGAGGCUAUUAAGAAGUCCCUUGAAAUCGAAGUCAAGAACAUUUCCGUCCGUCUGGAGGAAGUCGAGGCUAACGCUAUUGUUGGUGGCAAGCGUAUCAUCAGCAAACUUGAGGCCCGCAUUAAGGACAUGGAACUUGAGCUUGACGAAGAAAAGAGGAGACACGCUGAAACCAUCAAGAUCCUCCGCAAGAAGGAGCGCUCCCUCAAGGAGAUCAUGAUUCAAUGCGAAGAAGACCAAAAGAACAUCGUCCUUCUUCAGGACUCUCUGGAAAAAUGCUCCCAGAAGGUCAACAUCUACAAGAGGCAGUUGCAGGAACAGGAGGGUGUUUCUCAACAAAGUGUCACAAGGGUGCGACGAUUCCAACGCGAGCUCGAAGCCGCCGAGGACCGCGCUGAAACUGCCGAGAGCAAUCUCUCUCUCAUCCGCGCUAAGCACCGCACUUUCGUCACCACUUCUACCGUACCUGGCUCACAGGUGUACUUAGUGCAGGAAUCCCGCGCACUCAGCACAGAGUGAGCGACUCACUCUUAGCCCCGCCACACCAGCAUUUCUCACCAACAUCAAGGGGCACAAUUCCGGUCGGGUUAAGCCUAGUCGUUCGAUAAGUGAUGUUUUACUUCCGAUAGAUAGCACUAGAGGACGAAAAGCCCACUAGUGCCAUCUAAACACAAUCGGAGAAGAUCCGGGACGGACGCUCGGCGCCGUGGCUCGCCCUAAAGCUGCCGUGUCUCCACAUCGCCUAAGCCAUUCGCCGACCGUUCAUCCCGCUGUCAUUUUUUUAAUUGUAAUGCUAAAUAAUUGAAAUAAAGGAACCAAUAAACCCAAAA